UUUUCCAGACUUUGGGUUGUGAGGAAUCUCUUGCUUGCUAACAUAACUCAGUUCACGGUGUGCACUGGUGUGUUAUUGACCAAGUCAGAGUCUACAGUUUAUUAACUAACAGCUUUACUGUGAUAAUAACGUGUUUUUCAAGAUAAUAACAUAAACAAAAAUGUGCAUUUCUGUGUUAAGUAUUUUACGAGCAACUUGCGUGCUAAUAUUCUUCGUAUCAAUUUAUACUGAUAAUUGCGAAUCAGCUCGUGUUUUGGGGCUUUUUCCAACUCUCUCCAAAUCUCAUUUGAUCGUACAAAUGGAAGUUAUCAAAACGCUUAUGGACAGAGGACACAAUGUCACAGUUGUUACGACUCUUCCAGUUGCCAAGGAAAACCGCAACUUUCACCAUAUAAAGUUACCUGAGAGAUCCUAUCCUGAACAGAUAUUUUCCAAUGCGAUCGAGGAGCGAAGAGGAUUAAUAGAAGAAAUAAAAAACAUCUCAGUCAUCUUGGACAUGAUGUUGAAUGUUUCAGAAGCUUCUUUAGUAGAUCUGAUUAAAUCAGGUUUUUUGAAUGAGGAACCCUUUGAUCUGGUGGUGCUUGGAUACUUUUUAAAUGAUUUCUUCAUGGGUAUUCCAGCGCAUUUUAAGAGUCCUUUCGUGAUCAUCGAUACUCAUAAGCCGAUGCUUUGGACGAAUGGAAUGAUUGGAAAUCCAAGUGAAAUAUUCUAUGUACCCGGUGCGUUUUUAGAGGAGACUCAGCCUUUAUCAUUCCUUGGAAGAGUUCGAAAUACAUUAUUCUACGUCUUGGAAAUUGCGCAAACCAAAUUCUUCGGCAGAAGUAUGAAUAAAAUCUAUGAAAAACAUUUUCCCGGAGACAAGUACCCAUCGUUGAUCGAUAUGUCCAAAAACGUUUCUUUGAUACUUCAAACCAGUCAUUUUAGUGAGGGUAUUAUUCGUCCAGAAGUUCCAGCUCUGAUACAGAUCGGUGGAAUUCAAGCCAAACCAAAACCAGAUCCUCUCCCGAAAGACUUAUCGUCAAUUCUUGAUGAAGCAACGGAGCAUGGAGUGAUUUACUUUAGUUUGGGGACACAUGUGAAAAGUUCAGAUCGGAAUCCAGAGAGAAUUAGAAGCAUCUACAAUGUCUUUUCCAAAUUGAAACAAAAAGUUAUUUGGAAGUGGGAAAAUGAUAAGUAUCCCGGAAACGCCUCCAAUAUAUUUUACAAAAAGUGGCUUCCACAAGAUGAUAUCCUUGCUCAUCCCAAUCUUAGACUGUUCAUUUCGCACUGUGGUCUUGGGAGUGUGGUUGAGAGCAAAUAUCACGGAGUUCCAGUUCUAGCAAUUCCACUUUUUGGCGAUCAAUUUGGAAAUGCGAAAGGCAUGGUUGAUGAUGGAUUUGCAGUACAAGUAAAUUAUCAAGACUUGACGGAAGAAUCAUUUGGAGAAGCAGUGAGGGAAAUUCUGGAAAAUCCUGCAUAUCAGGAAAAGAUUCAGACCUUUUCUAAAUUGUACUGCGACAGACCGAUGUCGAUUCGAGACACUGCGGCUUAUUGGAUGGAGUAUGUUAUUAGGCACCGAGGAGCCAAACAUAUGCAGAGUCCUGCGGUUCAUAUGAAUACCUUAGCAUAUUUUGGGCUGGAUGUGUUCGCGAUUUUACUUGCAAUUGUUUAUAUUGUAUUCAAGACUCUGUCAAUUUGUUGUUGUACUUUGCUCUGUAGACGUGCAAAAAGCAAAGGCGCAGGAACACACAAGAAGAAGAAAGAGUAACGUAUUUUUCCUAAAUUUGCUAUAUGUUUUUUUCACUUAUUUAUGUAAUAAACCGAAGUACUGAAGAGUAUACUGAAUAAAGGUUGUUAUCGCUGA